AUGGCAGCAGUCGAGGGAGAGAGCAUCGGCAUCGACCUGGGCACGACCUACUCCUGUGUGGGCGUGUGGCAGAACGACCGUGUGGAGAUCAUCGCCAACGACCAGGGCAACCGCACGACUCCGUCCUACGUUGCCUUCACCGAGACGGAGCGCCUGAUCGGCGAUGCCGCCAAGAACCAGGUGGCGAUGAACGCCACCAACACCGUGUUCGACGCCAAGCGGCUCAUCGGCCGCAGGUACACCGACCCGGCCGUCGCCUCCGACAAGAAGCACUGGCCCUUCCAUGUUGUCGAGGGCCCAGGCGGCAAGCCCACCAUCGAGGUGUCUUUCAAGGGCGAGAAGAAGCAGUUCGCGCCUGAGGAGAUCUCCUCCAUGGUGCUGGUCAAGAUGAAGGAGAUCGCCGAGGCCUACCUUGGCAAGGAGGGUUUGGUGCUUCUGGCACCGUGCUGA